AUGUCUUUGUUGGUUAUAACUCAAAUCUUUUACAUUGCCAUUGCUUUAGAAUGUAAUCAAACUCAGUACAUUAAAAAUGGUAUUUGUAUAGAUUGUGAGAAAGGUUGUAAAAAAUGUGAAAAUGAAAUUGGUUGUGUUUCGUGUGAAGAUAAAUAUUAUUUUCUAUCAAAUAAAUGCUUAAAAUGUGAUUCACACUGUACAUCAACAUGUGAAGAUGGGUAUGGAUGUAGAACUUGUAUGCCAACGUAUACUGAAAAAAAUGGAAAGUGUAUUGCCCCGCCAUGUCCAUUUUGUGCAGAGAAUAGUUGUAAUUUAACAACAUGCUCUUUAUGUAUUGAGAACUAUUAUGUUAGUAAAGGAAAAUGUGUUUUAUGUGAUAAAAAUUGUAAAAAUUGUGAUGUUGAUGGAUGUGUUGAAUGUAAACUUGAUUAUCAUGUAUCAAAUGGUAGAUGUCAAGCGAAUACUUUGGCAAGCAGAGACAUUGUCUUUAUUUCUAUUGGCUCUCUUUUAGGAUUAGUUAUGUGUUUAUGUUUUAUGAUGAUAGGAAUUUCUUAUAUUAAGAAUAUAUUCAAACGGGCUUUUUUCCAUGAAGCAUAA